CACAACGACAGUACAGCAUCUGUGCUUUACAAGACAGAGAAGUGCGAGUCUACAGGGUGUUGUUGACAUUCCCCGGAACCUUACAAAAGUUUUCUGCAGUGUUAUGGCAGUAUUGUCAGUGGCUUCAAAUACAUGUUUCCAACCGGACAGUUGAAAACACUGAGCCGUCAGAUGAUCGGUUGAUUUUGUUGAAGUGGUUGUGAGUACACUUUCGGCUUUUCUGGGUUGGGACAGGAACAGCAUACGAGGUCAUUGAUCGCAACAGCUCAUUUCUCAGAACAGACUGUUUUCUGUUAUUGCUACUCUGUGCUGUUAUUUCACGUUAUCAGUAUGACUCGCGAUAUCAUUCUUGGAGAUGAACUGCCCGACUGGGUUGGGGCGAAAGAGUUUUAUCAGAAGUAUGAUCCCAAAGAGGUGAUUGGGAGAGGUGUGAGCAGUGUGGUGCGCAGAUGUGUACACAAACACACAGGGCAGGAGUUUGCAGUGAAGAUCAUUGAGAUCACUGCAGAGAAAAUGACAGAACAGCAGUUAGAGGAGGUGAAGAGCUCCACACUGAAGGAGAUCCAUGUGCUCAAUGUGGUGAAGGGCCACCCGUCCAUCAUCACACUUAUUGAUUCUUAUGAGUCAACAACCUUCAUAUUUUUGGUAUUUGACCUAAUGAGGAGAGGAGAGCUAUUCGAUUACUUGACUGAAAAAGUCACCCUCAGUGAAAAGGAAACCAGGAGCAUAAUGCGUGCUCUUCUGGAGGCUGUCCAGUAUCUGCAUUCUCUAAAUAUUGUACAUCGUGACCUCAAACCUGAAAAUGUUCUGUUGGACGACCAGGGACACAUCAAACUUUCUGACUUUGGCUUUUCAGUCCAGCUGGGGCCUGAUGAAAAACUAAGAGAGUUGUGUGGAACACCAGGGUAUCUGGCACCAGAGAUUCUGAAGUGCUCCAUGGAUGAGACACAUGAGGGAUAUGGGAAAGAGGUUGACCUGUGGGCUUGUGGUGUGAUCAUGUUCACGCUUCUUGCUGGUUCUCCCCCAUUCUGGCAUCGCAAACAGCUGCUGAUGCUGAGACUGAUCAUGGAAGGCCGGUACCAGUUUAGCUCUCCAGAGUGGGACGACCGGUCUGACACCAUCAAAGACUUGAUCUCCAGGCUUUUAGUGUUGGAACCCACACUUCGUCUAACAGCUGAGCAAGCUUUAGCUCAUCCUUUCUUCCGUCAGUACCUAAAGGAAGAAGUGCGGCUCUUUAGCCCCAGGAAGACAUUUAAGGCCCUGAUCUUGACCGUGUUAGCUUGUAUACGAAUGCAGUGCCGCUACUACCGAGCCAGACCAUUAACAAAGGAGCUCCUAGCAAGAGACCCUUACUCCAUCCGCGGUGUGCGCAAGCUGAUCGACGGCUGUGCUUUCCGCAUCUAUGGACACUGGGUCAAGAAAGGGGAGCAACAGAACCGAGCUGCUCUAUUCCAGAACACGUCUAAAAUCAUUCUGAUGGGCCUUGAAGAGCUUGAAAACUAAAGGUCAUAUUCUUGUUUCUAAAGAUAUCACUCAUCUGUCAAUUAACAGUUUAUUGUUUAUGUCUUUAGGUAAGGGUCUGUAGCCUGCCUGUCCAAGAGGCACACAAACACAAUUAUUUAUAGAUGUUUUUUUCGUCUUUAGAGAUGGAUGGUGCUUUUGAUUUUUUAGCAGCAGGCCAUGUGAACUCAUUUUAAUCACUCACUGUGGAUUUUAUGUUUUUUAUUUUACUUAUUAUAUAGACCAAAAAAAAAAAAAAACUUGUAUUCACAAUUACUUAACAGAGCUUGUGUCCUAUUCAAGCUUUCUAGCCUUUGACAGUUUUUGCCACGAAGCAGAUUGUAUUUGAAUUUAUUAUCAUUCUUAUGCUUCGAAAACAAUUCCAGGUUGUUGAAGACUAAACCAUAGAUGCACAGGGAAUAUUUAACAGCGUGGAGUGGACUUCAAGACUUUCAAUACAAAGGAUAGCAUACUUGAAACAUAGCAUUACAGUUACAUAACCCUACUGAGUUUUUUUUUUAUUUUUUUUUUUAAGUUUAUUAGACAUUAUGCAUUCAUCAUCAAGGUACUGUACUAAUUCUAAACAGGUAUACAUAUAUGAAUAAUAUAUAUAAUUACUGUAUUUUUUCCAAAAACCAAAGAAGUGGGACAUAUUUUCUUACUUCUUAACUUGAAUGUUGGUCUCCAGUUUACUAAUGGCAUUAUUAAGCUGAUCAGCACUGUCCUGGAGCCGUUGCUGUAACUGAGCACUCAAACGCAUCACUUCAUCCCUCACUUCCUUUUGAACAAUGGUCCUCAGCUCAGACUUUGGAGAAGACCCUUGUGUGAGGGAAAAAAAAAACAUAAUAUAAACAUAAGCACAUACAUUUGUUUUAAUUGUUGUAUGUAGUGAUUAUAAAAUUAAAGCAUGCAGUCUGGCAUUCAAUAAUAUAUAAUCACUUUUUUUUUAAAUCUCUUCCACUAGUCUUUACAGGUUUUCUAAAUUACUAAAAUAAAUUCUAAAUAAAAAAAAUAAAAAAACUUUUUUUGUGUUUUGUGGAAACUGGGCAUACAUGUAUAAUAUUUAAUUUAAAUUUUGCUCAUUUUCAUUUCAAUUUUAUUUAAGAUGUAAUUUAAUUUUUUUUUAAAGCAAAUAAUAAAUUAAAAACAUAAAUUAUAACAUUCUUCAUUAAUAUUAAUUUGUCAGAUGGGAGUUGGAAGAACUUAUUCAUUGAUUUGUAUUCACAAAAAUAUAUAUUUUAGAGCUAAUGUCUUGUACAAGCUUGCAAAUUAGUUUUUUGGAGUUGUCUUAUUUACUUAAACUUCAGUUAAACCUGUUGUAAACCUGUCAAUAAACUUUAAUAUAUUAGUACCUUGUUCAA